AUGGAGACUUAUUACAAGAACAAAAAGUAGUCUUUUUAAUUAAGAUGGUGUUUUUUUAUCUUUCUUCUUCUCCUGUAAACGCUUUUCUCCUAACCUCUUUUCUAUUUGUAUUUAUUUUCUUCAUACAUUAAGACAGAGUGAGAGGUUGUUUCUUUACCCUUUAGAGAACCCUGAUUUCUAAUUUAACCACAGUGUUAUUUAUUGGAAUUUAGUGUUCUGUUGACUUACUAGUAAAAAGAGACGUGCUGCUGACAUGAGUUUGGCGGAUUUCUUUACAUAGCUCUCGCAUGCACAGUUCAUAUAGUUUAUUUUUGUCCCAAAUUGCAGCUACUAGUUACCUUUUGUCUCCAUUGUGUUAGAUGUCAUCCCUACAUCAACUAUAGCCUUCUAUUUUUCACAUAUAGUUGGAUGGCUGAACAGUUGUGCUCAAAUUGAGUGCUAAAACCAUACAUUUUUAAACUAGAUUUUUCGUAAACCACUGCUUGUCAAUCACAUCGGAAAGUCGUUGGGUCAUUAGAGACCUCUCUCGGCAAAUAAUUUUACCACAAUGCCCCAAUUAAGUACUACCACUUAUAGGAAUCUUCUUUCCUAGUAGAAUGCCCCCCAUGAGAAGAAAGAAUAUUGUGGUGCUCAGCUUCUCGUUGAACCUCGUGGGUAAACUAAUGAAUGGAAGAAUGUGAUUUGAUCACAGAAUAGAAUCGGGGUUUUGGUCAUGAAGAGAAAAUUCUGCAUGAUGAAGCUCCUGUGGUCACAUACAGAAUUUUAGGUCACCUGCUCCUGGGUGUGGUUAGAAUAUAUUCGAAAAAAGUGGAGUAUCUUUUCAAAGACUGUAAUAAUGUUCUUGUUAACCUUGCUGAUUUUUCAACUCGCAAUAGACCAACUAGUAAACCAUCAGUUGUAAGGAUCGCGGGUAUGCAUGCUCCUGUCCACUCUAUCACCCGACCAAAGAAAUUUGAACUGGAUACUUUUGAUCUGGAAGUCUUGGAAGAUCAAGACGCAAACAGUCAUUUCGCAUCCCGUGAAGAAAUCACGCUUUCCGAUGCUCAGGAAAAUUUAGUUUUUGGCUCAUCUUGCAAGUAUGAGGAAGGUGUCUCUCAUUCAGAGUUGAAGUCCACAAAUCACACUCCAGUUAGAGACAUAUAUUCACCUCACCUGAUGGACAAAGAUUUGGACUUCAACCCAUCAGUUGGGUCAAGCCACGUGGAAGCUAUGUGGAACCUUAAUGAGACUAGAUUCUCCUUGGAAGAGCGCUUUGAACCAAUGACCUUUGGGGACAUUGAAAUUCAGAUGAUCUUUGAUAGGAAAGCUGAUCACCAGACUGGUGAUGAGCAAAUGAAAGAGUCGAGUGCUGGGAACUUAGUAAACGAGGAGCAUCUUUAUGAAAAGAGGUCAUCUUUGGAAAAGCACGCAGAACCGAUGAUUAUCACAGAAGCUACAUUGGAAAUCAACACCGAUCAACAAUCUGAGAAAAUUCAUCAGCAUACUCGUGAGCUCUUAAAACACCCUGAUGUAGGAGUGAAUGUAGAUGAUGAACAACCAGCAGUCCUUGGUGAAUCAUCUCUUGUGGAAAACUGUGGUUUUGAGCAAAAGAAAAAUGUUGAAGCAUCUUCCUCGAGGAAAGGGAAGGAUCGGACUAAAGUUGAUCGAUCAGUGUCCCUCUGUAUUGAUGUAUCCCCAGAGACCAAGAUCGCAGGAUCUACAUCACCGGAUUUUAUAUCUAUUCGCACCCCAGCUAAGAAGGAGCGUAGGCGGAUUUCAAGGAAGCGGAAGUGCAUAUUUGAUGAAUCUAUUGUGAUCCCAAAUGAGGUAUUCAAGCACUGGAUUGGCGAUGCAAAUGACUUAGUUUGCAAGAGAAGGAAAUCCCCUCAUUCCAGUUAUUUUGCAUGGAAAGUACAUAAAAUUUCCUCACUUCCUCAGAGUUUUGAGGAGCCUCUUAUUCCUUGUAGUCUUUCGAUUGAUAUUGCAUCAGCAAUUAGCAAAAUUAGAUCAGCACAGCAUGGGCCUGCAGAAACAGUAGAAAUUCCUCUGCGUGAGGACAUGCCAGACUCUCCUUAUAAACUCAGAUCUGGGGAACAAAUACCUAUUGCUUCUGCUACAUCUAUGCAUGAGUAUUUACCUGAAUCUCCUGGUACCCUCAGAUGUGGAGAACAAAUACCUGAUGCUCCUGCGGCAUCUCUGCAUGUGGGUGUACCUGAAUCUCCUAAUACUCUCAGAUAUGAUGGAGAACAAACACCUAUUGCUCCUACAACACCUGUCACUGGCUCAAGUUCGCUGAGAUUUCAUGAUACGCAAGGAACUUCUAAAUCACACAUAGAACCAGCAAGUUCAGCUGAAAUCACAGAGAAAGAAGCACUUUCCAUGGAGGAUGUAGAAUUUGAAAUGAAUUUAAUGGACGAGGAGAUCAAUUCAUUUGAAGGGGAUACCUCAGGAAAAUGCAAAUAUUCCCUGAGAACAGGAAAGGUCGCAAAAUUCCUGUUUGAAAACUUCCUUGCUCGGAAGGGGAAGGAGGAGGUAGAAGUUGUCAACUUGUCCUUGCUUAUGAAGGGGAAAACAAAGGGAGACAGUGCAAGGGUGUUCUACGAGAUACUGGUUCUGAAAUCAGGAGGCUGUAUAGAUGUGCGGCAGGAUGAUGCCUACAGUGACAUUCUUUUGCAAAAACUCCCAAGACUAAAGCAGACCUUUGAAGCUGAGUCCUGAAUCUAUAUAUAUAUGUUCACAAAGAGAGCUGUGUUGGUAAAUAGUAGCCAGAGGAAACAAUCACAUGACAUAUAUGCUUUUAUAUAUGUUUGGUAGUAUAUAUGAGUGGAAGAGCGCUUUUCUUUGCUAGCUAUUGCUCUUCCUCCUUAACAUGAAGGCAAGUUAGGUUAUUGUUAACUAUUAUGUCUUCUAUCAGGAAUUAGUUGAAUUUAUUGUCAAUGUUUUGGUUUAUAACUACUACUGGUGCCCAAUUUAACCACUUGUGAAAAGCUAUUACUCCAAUUUUCUUUAACAUCAAAUACACGAAAAGGCUUUUUAUGA